AUCUUUAAUCCUCCUUACUCAUCUAAUGUUCAUAUCUAAAAGAAAUGAAAAUGUCAAGUUCUAAAAGCAAACUAGUUCUGCCUCUGUACAGCAGUAAAACUGUAGUUGAAGCUUCUGGUGUGGAAGGUGGAAGAUGCUCAAGUGAAGCAGAUGGGAUAGGAAGAUCUUCCACUGAUCUAUAUGAAAAGAACGGCUACCCUGACUUCAUAUACUUGAAUGCAGCAACAGUGUUUCAGGCCUUGCAUGUUGAGAAACCUCCAGACAGAAGAUUAAUAACUUACAGAGCUAAUGCCUCCUCUGCACAAGAUAUGCCAUCGGUACCAGAGUUCAGAAAUAACAAAUUGCAACUCCUGUGCUAUGAACUAGCAUUUAGUGCUUUAAAGUAUCAGGAAAUUCUUGAAGACAUACUUAUUGAUUGCUGCUUUUUCCUCUCGCAAUUAAUCUCUGACGAUAUGACAAGUCUUGUGGCGGUUAUGCUGUAUGAUUUCCAGAAUCGCAAAUUUCAAGACCGUAGUACUUCUGCGGAAGAAGAAGUCAUUUUGGCUGUCCGAGAAGUAGAGAAUUGUCUGUACAGUUUUAAGACAAAACUUGCUGCAUCACUAGCAAGAUGCCGGAUCAAAAAUGAUGCACUUUCUGUAGAAUACAUUCUGCCUGAAGCUGUAAGGAAGCAGAAAGAGAGAGCCUCUAGUUUGCCAUUACAUGCUUGGGUAAACACACUAAAAAUCAGCCUUGGUGAAGUUUGCAGUUAUUUGAAGCAGGAGGAAUUCUCUGAAAUAUCGUCCUUCUUGGGUGAUUCUACUAAAUACACAUUCUACAAGGACAAACAGUGCCCUGAUGCACUCAUUUUCCCUGCUUGUGUGAAGGAGCAAAUUUCUGAACUAAAGCUUUUUGCUGAACGCAAGCUUAUAAUACAGGACAGGUCUUACAGUCUUGCAGUACAUUCAGUCAAGGCACUGGUGAACCUGGAUGAUGAUAUCCUAAUUACUAAUGCAGGUUCAGGACUUACCAUUGCUCACAUGUCUUCACUUACCAGUCAAAAUUUGUGUCGAAUCUUUGUGUGUGGAAUCAGUUCAGAAUCCCAGGAAAAAGAGCUACAGGACCUCUUCAGAGAAAUGGACUGCAAAAAUGUUAAGUUAUUGUCAGAGAAUUUUGAAAGCAGUGAUCCAACAGAUCGCCUUUUCAACAAGGUAAAAGUUAUCCUACUGCUUCCUCAGUGCUCUGCAUCUGGAAUCAGCAGUCCUGUGGAAUUUCUUUUAAAUGAAUAUGGAGAUCCUACCUUACUUCAGGACCUUUCUCGUGGAUUCCUAGCAGAAGAUAAACUAAAUGUACUUGUAAACCAGCAGCUACGGGAAUUAAUACAUGCACAGAAAUUUGAAAAGGUACAAGGCAUUGUGUACUGCACGUGCUCUGUUUACAAAGAAGAAAAUGAAGGCGUAGUGAAUAAGGCUUUAGAAUACAGUGCAGAAGGAAGCAUGCAGUUACCCUACAGUCUGAAUCCCCCUGUUCUACCUUUAUUCAGUAUGUCUGAAAUAAAGUCAUCAGCUGAUGGAUUCUUUAAGGUGGAGCCAUCAGAUAAAUCAAAUGGCUACUUUCUAGCUGUCCUAACAAGAGAGCGUGAUAUAUCUGGAACCGUAUCUGUCAAAGAUGUUCUAGCUCGUGCUGCAGCUAAAGGAUUGCUGGAAGGUGCGGAAGUUACAAAAACACAGAAGAAGGAAAAGCGAAAGAAAAGCAAACCACCAUGCCUUAAGAAAAAUAUUUCAGCUGCUGUUAAAAGUCAGGCGAAGAUUACAGAGUUCUUAAAUCGAGAACUAAAUCUAAAUACUAAUAUCUGUAACAGUGAUGCUCCUACAGUCACAUCUUCAGGUCAGGAUGUAAUUAACAAUUAUAAAAAACAGACGACAGCUUCUGGCUUAAAGAAGAAGCUUCCAAAACCUAAAGCAAUCUUGGCAGUUCCUAAUUCCUUGAAAAGAAAUGUUGCCAGUAUGUCUUCCAGUGACAGGUUCCAAGUUCAGAGUGCAAGUGUAAGAAAAGCAAAACGAGAAGAAAGGACUGUGCUGAAACCUAUGGAAUUUGUCUUGCCUCCUCCGAUUAUGCCAAAAAACCCAAAAUCUUAACAGUUCUUUUUACCGGAUUAGUAGGAAUGCAGAACUCAAAGUUAUUCCCUUCAGCGUCUGAAAAUGUAAAAGAGUAAAACCCCUUAUUUAGUGUUCUGCAUUGACUUUCUCUGACAUUCCUGCUCUUUUUAUUGCUAACUGAAAUAUUCUGAUCGGGUAUAGAAUUAAUAUUAAAACAGAUGUUUUAUUUUUCUGGAGCCUUAGCAAGGUAAAUUACUUUAUGCAUACUCUGCCUUUAUAUGAUGGUUGCAAAAUAAACUAGCCUAAAUUGA